AAUUUUUUAUUCAUACAAUACAGUUGUUAAUUCUUGAGGUUUUUUUCUCUAUAUAUUAAACACAUCUUUCUUUCGGGAGUGUGUCAGCGGCAAAUUAAUAACAUAUACUAGAUUAUUGUUAAUAUAAAUAAUCAACAUUAAAUACAACAACAACAAGUUUAAUAUCAUUAUUUAUUGAAAUUGUAUCUAGAUAUAAAGAAAGUUUUGGUUUCUUUUAAAUAAAAAUAAAAACACAAUCAAACGUAUAAUUAUAUAUUUAAAAAAAAAAAUUACCUGUUGAUCUACAAAAAAAUAAAAGAAAGACAUCAAUAUGAAUUUCAACGUUAGUUUGAUGGAGAAAUUAAAAUGGAAGAUUAAAUGCAUUGAAAAUAAGUUUUUAAACUAUCGUUUAACUACCAAUGAAACGGUGGUAGCUGAAACUGAAUAUGGCAAAGUGAAAGGCGUUAAACGUUUAACUGUGUACGAUGAUUCCUACUACAGUUUCGAGGGUAUACCGUACGCCCAACCGCCAGUGGGUGAGCUGAGAUUUAAAGCACCCCAGCGACCAACACCCUGGGAUGGUGUGCGUGAUUGUUGCAAUCAUAAAGAUAAGUCAGUGCAAGUUGAUUUUAUUACGGGCAAAGUGUGUGGCUCAGAGGAUUGUCUAUACCUAAGUGUCUAUACGAAUAAUCUAAAUCCCGAAACUAAACGUCCCGUUUUAGUGUACAUACAUGGUGGUGGUUUUAUUAUCGGUGAAAAUCAUCGUGAUAUGUAUGGUCCUGAUUAUUUCAUUAAAAAGGAUGUGGUGUUGAUUAACAUACAAUAUCGUUUGGGAGCUCUAGGUUUUCUAAGUUUAAAUUCAGAAGACCUUAAUGUGCCCGGUAAUGCCGGCCUUAAAGAUCAAGUCAUGGCCUUGCGUUGGAUUAAAAAUAAUUGUGUCAACUUUGGUGGCAAUCCCGAGAAUAUUACAGUCUUUGGUGAAAGUGCCGGUGCUGCUUCUACCCAUUACAUGAUGUUAACCGAACAAACUCGUGGUCUUUUCCAUCGUGGUAUACUAAUGUCGGGCAAUGCUAUUUGUCCAUUGGCUAAUACCCAAUGUCAACAUCGUGCCUUCACCUUAGCCAAAUUGGCCGGUUAUAAGGGUGAAGAUAAUGAUAAGGAUGUUUUGGAGUUUCUUAUGAAAGCCAAGCCACAGGAUUUAAUAAAACUUGAGGAAAAAGUUUUAACUCUAGAAGAGCGUACAAAUAAGGUCAUGUUUCCUUUUGGUCCCACUGUUGAGCCAUAUCAGACCGCUGAUUGUGUCUUACCCAAACAUCCUAGGGAAAUGGUUAAAACUGCUUGGGGUAAUUCGAUACCCACUAUGAUGGGUAACACUUCAUAUGAGGGUCUAUUUUUCACUUCGAUUCUUAAGCAAAUGCCUAUGCUUGUUAAAGAAUUAGAAACUUGUGUCAAUUUUGUGCCAAGUGAAUUGGCUGAUGCUGAACGCACCGCCCCAGAGACUUUGGAAAUGGGUGCAAAAAUUAAAAAGGCUCAUGUUACAGGAGAAACACCAACCGCCGAUAAUUUUAUGGAUCUUUGCUCUCACAUCUAUUUCUGGUUCCCCAUGCAUCGUUUAUUGCAAUUACGUUUCAAUCACACCUCCGGUACACCCGUCUACUUGUAUCGCUUCGACUUCGAUUCGGAAGAUCUUAUCAAUCCCUAUCGUAUUAUGCGUAGUGGACGUGGUGUUAAGGGUGUUAGUCAUGCUGAUGAAUUAACCUAUUUCUUCUGGAAUCAAUUGGCCAAACGUAUGCCUAAAGAAUCCCGUGAAUACAAAACAAUUGAACGUAUGACUGGUAUAUGGAUACAAUUUGCCACCACUGGUAAUCCUUAUAGCAAUGAAAUUGAAGGUAUGGAAAAUGUUUCCUGGGAUCCAAUUAAGAAAUCCGAUGAAGUAUACAAGUGUUUGAAUAUUAGUGAUGAAUUGAAAAUGAUUGAUGUGCCUGAAAUGGAUAAGAUUAAACAAUGGGAAUCGAUGUUUGAAAAACAUAGAGAUUUAUUUUAGAGUGUAACCAAAGAGUGUGAAAUAUAUAACGAUAUUUAAAUUUUUUUAUAUAUAUAUAUAUAUUUUUUAAUUAUGUAAUCUUUUUUUUAUAUAUUUAACUAUGUAGUUUUGUAAAAAUUAUUAUACAUAUAUAAAAUAAUUGUAGAACAUGCAAUUUAACUAUUGCUUUUUUUUAUAAUAUAAAGUCAUUUGUUUUUAAAUAAAAUUAAUAUAUUAUUAUAAA